UCUCAUGGACAGGAGCCUGGUGGGCUGCAGUCCAUGGGGUCACAAAGAGUUGUGCACGACUGAGCGACUAACAUUACUUACUGUAGAAGGGGGCUAAUCUCUUUCAUACAGAGAGAGUUCCUAAAAGCCUGUAAGAUUAUUUAAAAAAAAAAAAAAAUCAGGUGAAGCAAAAAAUGGCGCCUGCAAAUGAGUAAAGUUUGUGAUGCAGCAAGUUUUUUGUCUCUGGUCGAGCUCUUCUUCCCAGGACGGAAGAAAAUGCAGGUUCCUCAUUGGGCAGCAUGGGUACGAGCAGUGGGAGGCGAUCAAGACUCCAGCAUCUUCCCUGGCUGCAUCAACAAGGCUGAGGUCUUUGAAGACCAGGUAAACGGACGCCUCAAGAAGGGACUGGCGGAAGGUAAAGACUAUGUGCUGCUCCCAAUGGCUGCUCAGCAUUACCUGGUCAACUGGUAUGUUCUAGAGCAUGACCCGCCCUGCAUGGAACGCAAGGUCGUGGAACUGCCCAGCACCCACAAGGUUGAAGUGCACCCAGUAGGACUGGUGCUCGUCCAGCUCAAUGAUACGGACACACCGCCCACGGCUCAGCUCAGCCCCGCAGAUUCUAGUGACCUCGUUUUUGCGCACCGCUCGAGAACAGUUUCCGGGUCACCCCAGGAAGAGACCCGGCUGUGGCUCAAGAACGCGGAGGGCUCUUUUGAGAGGUUGUGCGACGCCUGCGUCACAGUGCUUGACGCCGCUCUCGAGACUGAGCAGGUGGUCGUCAUGGAGACCCGAAACAAGGAUGGCACCUGGCGCAGUGCGCGACCACACACGAUUGGAGCAUCGGAGGAGGGUGAGGACUUACAAGGCCAGCCGGGCAUCUGUGGUCUCACCAACCUGGGCAACACGUGCUUCAUGAACUCGGCCCUGCAGUGCCUCAGCAAUGUGCCGCAGCUCACCGAGUACUUCCUCCAAAACCGCUACCUAGAGGAGCUCAACCUCAGCAACCCGCUGGGCAUGAAGGGGGAGAUUGCAGAGGCCUAUGCCGACCUGGUGAAGCAGGCGUGGUCCGGCCACCACCGCUCCAUCGUGCCCUACGUGUUCAAGACCAAGGUCAGCCACUUUGCGUCCCAGUUCCUGGGCUACCAGCUGCAUGACUCACAGGAGCUGCUGUCGUUCCUCCUGGAUGGACUGCACGAGGACCUCAAUCGCGUCAAGAAGAAGGAAUACGUGGAGCUGUGCGACGCUGCUGGGAGACCCGAUCACGAGGUGGCUCAGGAGGCCUGGCAGAACCACAAACGGUGGAACGAUUCUGUGAUCGUGGACACUUUCCAUGGCCUCUUCAAGUCCACCUUGGUGUGCCCUGAGUGUGGCAAUGUGUCUGUGACCUUCGACCCCUUCUGCUACCUCAGUGUCCCACUGCCUGUGAGCCACAAGAGGGUCAUGGAGAUUUUCUUUGUCUCCAUGGACCCCCGCCGCAAGCCCGAGCAACACCAGCUCCUGGUCCCCAAGAAAGGCAAGAUCUUGGAUCUGUGUGUGGCUCUGGCCAAACACACUGGCGUCUCUCCAGAAAGGAUGAUGGUGGCCGAUGUCUUCAGUCACCGCUUCUAUAAGAUCUACCAACUGGAGGAGUCUCUGAGCAGCAUCUUGGACAGAGACGAUAUCUUCAUAUACGAGGUGUCAGGCAGGGCGGCCGUUGGGGAGAACUCCAGAGAGGACGUUGUGCUUCCUGUCUACCUGCGGGAGCGCACCCCAGCCCGGGACUACAACGGUUCCUACUAUGGCCUGAUGCUCUUCGGGCACCCGCUUCUGGUGUCGGUGCCCCGGGACCGGCUCUCGUGGGACGCCCUGUAUCACAUCCUGCUGUACCGCCUCUCACGCUACGUGACCAGACCCAGCUGGGAUGAUGAGGAAGAUGGGGAUGAGAAAGACCUGGAGGGUAAGGACAGCCUCCCUCAGCCUGGACAUGGGUCUGGGGGCAGCUCCCAAGACCCUGGGCUGGAGCAGGCUGGGUCCAGCUCUGGAGUUGUGAGCGGUAGCCCCGGCCCUGUGGACACCUCUCCUGGGCCAUCUCACUGGCCCCAGAGGGUGUGGCACAAGCACCUCUUCACCCUGCAAAGGGUUAAUUCCAAUGGGACCAGCGACCGCUGGACCUUCAACGAGGAUACCCAGGCACAGCCAUACAUUGCCAUUGACUGGGAGCCAGAGAUGAAGAAGCGUUACUAUGACGAGGUGGAGGCUGAGGGCUACGUGAAGCACAGCUGUGUCGGGUACGUGCUGAAGAAGGCCCCAGUGCAGCUGCAGGAAUGCAUCGAACUCUUCACCACUGUUGAGACCCUGGAGAAGGAAAACCCCUGGUACUGCCCCACUUGCAAGCAGCACCAGCUGGCCACCAAGAAGCUGGACUUGUGGAUGCUACCAGAGACACUCAUUAUCCACCUGAAGCGCUUUUCCUACACCACUUUCUCCCGCGAAAAGCUGGACACGCUUGUGGAGUUUCCUAUCCGGGACCUGGACUUCUCUGAGUUUGUCAUCAAGCCUCAGGACAACUCAGCUCCGGAGCUCUACAAAUACGACCUCAUCGCGGUUUCCAACCAUUAUGGGGGCCUGCGGGAUGGACACUACACGACAUUUGCCUGCAACAAGGACAGCGGCCAGUGGCACUACUUCGAUGACAACAGCGUCUUGCCUGUGACGGAGAAUCAGAUUGAGUCCAAGGCAGCCUAUGUCCUCUUCUACCAGCGCCAGGACGUGGCACACCGUCUACAACCCCAGGCUGGCUCAUUGAACCCCCCGGCAUCCUCUGCCUGCGAUGCGCCACCCAAGUCGGGGUUCAUGGAUGUAAACUGAGGAGCCCCGGCCCCACCAGAGGGAAGGAAGCUGUCCCAGCUCUCUUCCUUCCCAAAGCCACCCCCGUUCUCUUACCCAUUAGGUGCCCCGCACCAGGCGUCGUGGGCUUAGUCGUGGCUGCUGUUCUCCUGUGCCGCUACAUCACUCUCUCCCAGGGAAAAAGAGCUCAUGGCUCCUUCCAGCAGUGUGUUCCCCACCCAUGUUUGCUCUUCAGAGCAUCAGCCUUCCCUUCUAUUCUCUAUUUAUGAUUCUCCCCUUCCUUCUUGUCCUCAGUCCGGGGUGUUCUCAGGGGGUGGGGGUGGGGUGCACCUGAACAGAGUGUAUUUUCUUUCUGAGACCUUGUACCUUGCACUGUGUAUAUAUAAAAGUGCCAGUGUGUUCCUAAAAAAAAAAAAAAUUCAGAUCAAAGUUAUAAAUACACAGUUCAUAGAAAAAUACAAAUGGUUCUUGAAUGUGUAAAAAUUGCUCUAUCUCAUAGAGAAAUGCAAAUUAAAAUUAGUUAACACAAGUUACCUCUCAGACUGACAAAACUCAGGAAGUUGUAUAACAAGUGUUAGUGAGUGGGUAUAAAAGCAGUGGAUAGGGAGAGAAGUUACAAAAAUAUGAACAUACUAUACCUUCAUGUGCUUACCCAAAUGACUGGAAUACCUUCUUGGUGAAUAUGUCAAAAUCUGGUAACAAUUUUUUUUUUAAUAACAUUGGUAAAUCGGUGGUGAGGUGACUUAGUUGAAAAGGAGGCAUUUUAUUAUAUAUUUUAAAAUUUUUGAUCUAUGUGAAUAAUUUAUCUACAUAAAAGAAUUGGGAGGGGGGCUUCCUUGGUGGUCCAGUGGUUAAGACUUAACACCUGCAAGGGUCUUGGAUUCAGUCCCCCGUCAGGGAGAACUAUGAUCCCUCAUGCCAUGCAGUACAGCCAAAAAAUGUUGAAAAGAAAGAAAUUAGGAGUAAAUCAUCUCAUUUAGCGUUGGGUUGAAGCGAUUUCCACAAUACAUCAAGGGAAGCAAGAUGCAGAAACUGUGUAUUGUAUGAUCUUGUUUUUAUAAAACAAAUACCAAUAAAAUUCCUAUAUGUAGUUAAACAUAUAGAUACAUGGUGUAUGCACUUUAUACCUGUAUACCAUAUAAUACAACACAUCAUAUCGUGUAAGACUCUGUGGGGAUAGAGGGAAAAGGAAGGACAUGUGAUGGUUAACAGUGGUUGUUUGCAGAAUCUGGUGGAGGGAGACAUGUGAAAAGAAUAUAUUUUUUAACAAUAUGGCUGACAUUUUUGAAAGAAAAAAAUGGGUGUGCAUAUCUAUUUAUGUCUGUCUGGAACAUAGAACAAAGAAAGAAACAUCACCUGCAAGCCACAAGAAAACAUAACUAUCAUGACUCUUUGUUCAUGAGCUAGAAUAUGAAAACACACGUGUAUAUAUGUAUGUGUGUAUAUAUGCACACAUGUAUAUGUAGAAAGAUGGUCAUGGAAUGUUGAGGGUAAGUGUUUCAGAGAUACAGGGUUUCAGGACAUUUUUUUGCUUUCUAAUAUUUGGAUGUGUUUGACUUUUUCAAUAAAACUAUGUAACUGUGGGAAGGGAAGAAAUUGAAACAAGAAUAAUACAUGUUUUCUAAAUCUUG